CCCAAUCGGUGCCGUGUAUUACAAAAUGGAUCACCAAGCAUCAAAGGUUCACCGAAACAGGUCUCAUGGCCAUUGCCAUAUUGUGAUUUAGCAAGACUUGUAGCUAGGAGGCCGGUCACUGCCGUGUUUUAGGACAGAUUUGUUCUUGCUUGGUCAAUGUACAAGGCAGGAAACAGGAAGCGUCCGGAAGCGAUGCGGAGGUCCGAGAUAGUCGUGAGCAAAAUAUCUACUAAGGUAUGUAAAGAAGGGACUUCAUAGAUAGGAAUUGAUUCUCGUCUACUCUGCUAUAAACUCCUCUCUGCCAUCCAAAGUCUCAGCCGUGUUUAGCAUACGUCUUCUCCAUCGAACAAACUCGAUUCGCCAAAAAAGCAUCAUGGCAGCUCCAAAGGUGUGUCAUAUUCCCGCUCGCUCGCACUUCCCGUGCAACUACUCUUCAUGGAGAGGUUAUCGAAAAUACUAAGGUAAACAUAUUGCUUCGCUACAGCUUACCGAUCCUACCCUCAUUAAAAACGCAUGUUACGUCAAUGGUGAAUGGGUAGCUGCAAAGUCUGGGAAGCACUUUGCUGUCGAAAACCCUUCAACCCUUGAAAAGAUUGGGAAUUGUCCCGAGUUCGACGCCAGGGACACCGAAGCCGCUAUCGCCGCCGCCGAUGCCGCAUUCAAGACAUACCGUAAAACCCCGGCUCGCCAGCGGGCCCGGUACCUCCGCCGCUGGUAUGAUCUCAUGAUGGAGAACUCGGAGGACAUUGCACGACUCAUCACCCUUGAGAACGGCAAGCCUCUGGCAGAUGGCAGGACAGAGUCCAACUAUGCAGCAGCUUUCUUUGAAUGGUUUUCAGAGGAGGCCCCUAGAAUUUAUGGUGAGACCAUUGAGGCAACAAACCCAUCAUGUCGUCUGUCCACCAUCAAACAGCCUGUAGGUGUCUGUGGCCUCAUUGCACCAUGGAACUUUCCCGCUGCCAUGAUUACCCGAAAGGCCGGGCCUGCGCUCGCUGCUGGCUGUACUGUUGUCAUUAAAGCUCCCGCUGAGGCUCCUCUGACAGCUCUUGCUCUGGCUGAACUGGCGCAUCGUGCUGGAAUUCCUGCCGGCGUUGUCAACGUUAUCACAGCUUUGGAUAACACUGCUGAAGUGGGCAAAGUCUUGACUACGCACCCAAAGGUCAAGAAAGUCUCUUUUACAGGGUCAACUGGUGUGGGCAGACUCCUUAUGAAUCAAUCGUCUUCAACAAUCAAGAAAUUGUCCUUUGAAUUGGGAGGAAACGCUCCUUUCAUCGUUUUCGAAGACGCGGACCUUGUUAAGGCUGUUAAGGGUGUGAUCGCUUGCAAAUUCCGCAACUCGGGUCAAACUUGCGUCUGCGCCAACCGAAUUCUGGUGCACCGCAGUAUCUAUGACAAAUUUAUCCAAAUGGUCCUUGAUGUUGUCAAGACCUUCGUUGUUGGCGACGGCUUUGGUGAGGAGACAACUCAUGGUCCUCUCAUCCAUGGGCGUGCCGUAGCCAAGGCUGCUGAGCAUGUUGAAGAUGCUCUUUCCAAGGGAGCCAAGCUUAUUCACGGUGGCGAGCGUCUACCACACCUCGGCCCUAACUACUUUGACCUCACAAUGUUGACUGGUAUGAAGCCUGGCAUGAAGAUCUGUAGCGAAGAGACUUUCGGACCUGUUGCUGCUUUCUUUGCAUUCGACAACGAGGACGAAGCUAUUGAGCUUGCGAACGACAGUGAUGUUGGUCUUGGAGGCUAUUUCUUCAGCAACAACGUGAACCGAUGUUAUCGCGUGGCUGAAGCCUUAGAGGUUGGUAUGGUUGGUGUCAAUUGCGGCGUUCUGAGCGACCCUGCCGCUCCUUUCGGUGGCAUUAAGCAGAGUGGUUUUGGAAGAGAAGGAAGCAAGUAUGGUAUCGACGAGUUUACAAUCACCAAGAUGGUUAUGACAAACAUUGAUCCAUAAGUUUCGGUUGAGUUGAGACAUGAAAAAUGAUGGCUAUAGACAAAAUAAUACCCACUGGACGGUUAUAGAGACGGAGUGUUAUUAGGUGAACAAAAUUGCUAUACUGAUAGGCCAGCGGAGUUCGCGUGUAAAUGAAGAGUACACUAUUCUAAGCGAUCAUAUUUAGACGUCCAGGCCCUUGACUUGCAGGCCGGCUCAUCUUGACCAAAUGGGAAUGCAUCGCUGUGGCAUGAGGGCCCUACGAGUAAGGUUCAUCUGGAUACCUAAUUAGGAUAUCGUGAAGUGCUGCCGUUUGUAUUACAGACGUGGGUAUGCCAGUAACAUUGAGGCAGGGUCGUUCCAGGUAUGAUAAAUGCGACAAGUUGCUCAUCAACACUUGAUAGAUAUGCCGUUUUGUAGACACGAUCAGUAAGCACGAGAUUGUCAAUCAGAGCAGUUCAGUAAAG